AUGAGUUGUUUAGGGAUGGAUUAUUGGAAGCAAAGAUACGCCCGCUAUUUCCGCAGAUGCUUUGAGAUGGACGAUGAUUCUUCAACGGAUUCAGUAGUUUCGUGGAGCGACAACGGCAAGAGUUUCAUCGUCUGGAGUGAAUCUAAGUUUUGCAAAGCUGUGCUUCCAGGUUUCUUCAUAUCCAAUAAGAUGGCAACAUUCGUCGGCCGGCUUGAAACUUUGGGCUUCAACAAGAUUGAAUCUGAGCAUUGGGAGAGGUCAUCCUGA